AUGCUUGUUGAUGAACCGGAAGAAGAUGAAGCUGAAGCUGAAACUGAAACAGAAGGCAAUGUUGAAGGAGAUCAAGUUAGUUUGACUCCUGAGUCUGCAAAGUUGUUAAAAGCUAUCAAUAAAGAACUUGCAACUGGUAAUGAAGAAGGUGAUGAUGGUGAUAAAAGCUCAUCAAGUUCGUAUGAUGAAGAUAUUGAUGAAAUAGAACGUGCGAGGAGAAUUAAAGCUGAGAUUGAAAAAGAAAAUCAGCUUAAAAGAAAGAGGAAAGAAGAUAAAGAUGAUGAGUUGUAUAAUCCUUGUCCUGAACAUGUGAUAGAAUCUCAAACACCUCCAUCAUCUGGUGGGAGGAAGAAGCAAUCUGCUAGAAAGAGAGUUGCGACUCCAAGGGCAAAGGGUUUGAAAAUUUUGUUAAAAAAGAAACCAGUUCAAAAACCAAGUAAACCACCUACACCACCACCAGAACCACAACAUCAAUUAUCACCAAUUCAUUCACCACUUCAUCAAUCACCACCAAGACAACCAUCUCCUAUCCAAUCACCACCACAUCAAUCUCCACCACAUCUUUCACCACCACAUAUUCAUGUUGCUACACCUCCACACGAACAACAACCUGUUUUUACAUCUCAACAAAUUUUUCAAACACCUCCGUCUACACAACCACAUGUCCAAACUACACCUGGUUCUUCUUGUUACAAAACAUUUCCAACUAUUCCGGAGGGUUUAACUCUUGAAGAAAUUGGAGAUUUUGGAUUUGCGAAUGAUGAACAAGUGAAGAGAUUAUAG